AUGCACGGUGACCUGCGCGGCUUCUAUGGUGCACCCGUGACGUACGCUUUCUCUCUUGCAGUGGGUGCCGCUAGUUCUGCCAGUCUUUUGCUCGACAGUGGACAUCUCCUUUCGCUCGACAGAGACGCAGUGCUAAAUCGAUUGCAAUAUUGGCGCCUCUUAUCGAAUCAAUUAACUUUUCACCAUGGACUAGCGGUGUCUCUCGGACUUUACUCUGUAUUUCAAUUUCGAGUACUCGAAAGACAAUUGGGCUCUCGUAAAUUUGGCAGUAUCCUUGUCUUUGUGCUCUCAUUUUCUGGAGCGUUACAACUCAUAGCAUUGACAUCCUAUCCCGAGCUGGCCAAAAUCAUCCCAGGAGGACCUUAUUCCUUCCUUGGCGCUCUCGUCGUCUACUUUAAUAAAUUUAUUCCCAAACUCCAUCCAAGAUCACUUAGUUUUUGGGGAUUAAAUUUUUCCGAAAAAUCAAGCACAUAUUUUCUUCUGCUUCUGCUACUCGCGCACGACUUCCACGCAUUGAUUCCAUUUUUCGCAGGCUCUUUUUGCGGAUAUCUAUUCAACUCCACGCCACUAGGACAAUUACGUCUGCCAUCGUUUCUGUGCUCGAUAUUUAAUCUAUUGCAUCCUCUUUUCGAUGUGGUUCCAGCAAGUACUUUGGCACUUCAGCGGCAGCGUCGUGCGCUUGAGGCACAAAGACGAGUAAACGCUCGAUUCAAUCGGGGCCGUCCAGGACAGGGAUUUCGAGAUCAGUUAUUGCCAGGUGCUGGUGGAAUGAUGCCGGGAGGUGGUCUGGCAGCUGGUGGUAUGUUGCCACCUCAUCUAGCUGCUGCACCGCCGUCAGAAGACAUUAUUCAGCAACUCAUGGCCUUAGGAUUUGAUAGAGAACACGCUCUUCAGGCACUUCAAGAAACAGACAACAAUGUCGAGGCCGCGGCAAAUCGACUUCUCAACAAUUUGUAA